GUUGUUACUGUCAUAGUUCCUAAAAUGCUCAAGAUAAUAUUCCUCCUUGGUGCUGUUCUGUUCAUUACGGUUGAACCAUCUCCUGUAAAACCUAAAACUCUUUAUCACACUAAAGUGAAACAUGAUGGAGGUGGUGAAAAAGUUAAACUAAAGCAUCACCAUCUGGGUGAAGUGGAAAGUGAUCUGGGCUCGGAGCACGUAGAUUACUACGACUACCCCAUGUACAAAUUCGAAUACGGUGUCAAAGAUAUGAAAACAGGCGAUCACAAAAGCCAAUGGGAGAUGCGGGAUGGUGAUGUCGUGAAAGGAUCCUACACCCUGGACGAACCAGACGGCACCCAACGUAUCGUGGAAUAUCGCGCCGACGAUAAACACGGAUUCGAAGCCAUCGUCAAGACCAUUGUCCGGCCUCUUCACCGUCAUCACCAUCUAGCGGAACAGCAGCGGGGUGCGGAAGGCUUGGAAGGACAAGGCCAUCAUCACCACGUGGGUCAAAGUUAUAGCAAAUUGAAAAAAUACGCCUGACUGAGCAGCAACAUAGUUGAUCAUGAUCAUCAUCGCCUCGGCACGCUGCUGGGGUACACCUAGCAGCAGGUCCUCUGAGUGCGCGCGCGACCAAGGUGUUGCGAAUAAAUUGCGACUCGAUCGUGCCUAAGUGGCAAUUUAUUUACUUACCACCCCGACGACGGUGGUGUGUCUAUUAUGUUCAAUCGAUUUGAUGACGUCCAUCAGCAGCGGUUGU